AAUUCUGGAACCACCAGAAAGGCUGGCCUCUCUUCAGCAUGGGAUCUUCUGGACUUUUGAGCCUCCUGGUGCUAUUCAUCCUCUUAGCGAAUGUCCAGGGACCUGGUCUGACUGACUGGUUAUUUCCCAGGAGAUGUCCCACCAUCAGAGAAGAAUGUGAAUUCAGAGAAAGGGAUGUGUGUACAAGGCACAGACAAUGCCCGGACAACAAGAAGUGCUGUGUCUUCAGCUGUGGAAAAAAAUGUUUAGAUCUCAAACAAGAUGUAUGUGAAAUGCCAAAUGAAACUGGCCCCUGCCUGGCUUUUUUUAUUCGGUGGUGGUAUGACAAGAAAAAUAAUAGUUGCUCCACAUUUGUCUAUGGUGGCUGCCAGGGAAACAAUAACAACUUCCAAUCCGAAGCCAACUGCCUGAACACCUGCAAGAAUAAACAGCCGUGUCCCAAAGUCAAAGUAGAAUGUGAAGUGGAAGAAAUAGACCACUGUACCAAACACAGAGAUUGCCCAGAAAACAUGAAGCGUUGCCUGUUCAGCUGUGGAAAGAAAUGUUUAGACCUCAGACAAGGUUAGCCUUACUUUAUAGCAUAAGGAGGAGCUUGAAUAACCUCCAGGAUUUGGAUGAUAAUCCAGGCCUCUCUCCACGUGUGCCUGAUUGAUGCUCCAAAUUGGCUUCCACAGGCCAAACCUUGGCUGUUGCAGAAACUGAACUCCAGGAAUUGCUUACACCCUUUCUUCCAGUGUAGCAUAUCUUCAAACACAAUGCUCUUCCCCUUGACCACUUCUCAGUAUGAAACUCUAUGUCUUCAACUUUCAGAAUCCCCAUUUAUUCGUGUGAAGGCUUCAGUUGCCUUAAUAAAGCCCUCUGUGGGGUCUGA